UACCAGUCGGUUUCAUACACAAAGGCAACUACCAUUAAUUAGGUUUUGCUUUUCUCACAGCAGCUAUGGAACCUCCAGCUAAGAAGUCGCGCAAGCUCCUCGAUGAUGACAGCUCCAGUGACACUGGAGACGAGUCUGGCGGAGUCCCAAUCAACAACCAGUCCAACGGCUUCAAUUUCAAAAUCAACGAAGAUUACGCCCGUCGCUUUGAGCACAACAAGAAGCGCGAAGAAAUCCAGAAACUGGAAGCAAAAGUAGGCAAAGAUUCGAAACGCCGCGGAGAUGGAUCGGGCUCAGAGGAAGAGUCCUCAUCCGAAGAGGAAGACGAGGAUGGAGAACUGGCAACCACUGCACUUGAUGAAGAGAUCAUGGCAACCUUGAAAGCGAUUCGAUCAAAGGACCCGCGUGUUUACGACAAGGACGUUCAAUUCUACGCCGAAGAAGAUGCCGCUACCAAACCAGAGGAUGCGGAGAAGGAGAAGAAACCGAAAUCGAUGACCCUUCGAGAUUAUCACCGCGAGAACCUUCUUAGUGGCAACCCUCUUCCAGAGGAUGACACCUCCGAUGCCCCUAGAACAUAUGCCCAGGAACAAGAAGACCUGAAGAAGUCGAUUGUCCAGCAAAUGCACGCUGCGGCCGAUGGUGAAGACCGCCCUUCUGACAAUGACGAUGAGGAGAAUGAAGACUUCCUUGUGCGGAAGUCCGCACCAGAGCCAGCCUCGGCAUCCAAGAAGGACGCCAAGCUAGACAUUGAAAACGCGGACAAAGAUCCGGAAAAUUUCCUUUCAAACUUUCUUUCGGCGAGGGCUUGGAUCCCAGCAGACAGAGUCAACAUGCAGCCUUUUGAGUCCGAUGACGAGGAGGAAGAUGCGCGGGCGGAGGCUUUCGAGGAAGCAUACAAUUUCCGCUUCGAGGACCCCAGCAAGAUCAAUACCCAGCUGAUUACUCACUCCCGUGACACGACAAACCAACAAUCGGUCCGUCGAGAGGACAAGAGCGGCAGAAAGAAAAUUAGAGAUGCUGAACGGCAGAGAAAGGAGGAGGAAAAGAAACAGCGGGAGACCGAAAAGAACCGGCUACGCAAACUCAAGACGGAAGAGCUCCAAGAGAAAGUCAACAAGGUCAAGGAGGUUGCAGGACUUCGCGCAUCUCAGUUUACCGAUGAGGACUGGGCUAAGUUCUUGGAUGGUGCUUGGGAUGACAAGGACUGGGAAAAAGAAAUGCAGAAGAACUUCGGCGAGGAAUACUACGCGGAGGGCGACGAUCUCGGCGGUGAUGGCGAGGGCAAGAAAAAGCAUCCUAAGAAGCCCACCUGGGAUGAUGACAUCGAUAUCACCGAUCUUGUCCCGGAUUUCGACGACGAAGGAAAACCCGCAUUGGACGCAUCGGAUGCCGAAAUGGAGGACGCCGAUGACGCCGACGAAGGCAGCUCUAAGAACAAGAAGAGCAAGGCCCAAGAAAAACGGGACCAGAAGCGCGAGGCUCGCAAGGAUAAACUUCGCAUCGACGAGGCCGUCGACCGCAAUUUGGACCUUGAUGUCGCCCUUCUUCCGGGAGCGAGCAAGAAGAACACCGGUCCUUUCCGCUACCGAGAAACGUCACCACAGAGCUUUGGAUUGACCGCCCGGGAUAUCCUCAUGGCCGACGACACGCACCUUAAUCAGUUCGCCGGUCUGAAGAAGCUUGCAUCAUUCCGUGACGAGGAAAAGAAGAGCAAGGACCAGAGGAAACUGGGCAAGAAGGCUCGGUUGAGGCAAUGGCGCAAGGAUACUUUCGGUACCGAAGAUGGGCCUGAGUUCUCCUUCGGUGGUGAUAAGAUUCCUGAAAAAGACGAUGCUGCCGAGGCAGACAACGUUGAUAUCCGAGAAGGGGAGCCGCGAAAGAAGAAGAGAAAGAGAUCUAAGAAGAACUAAGGCUGGCGAGGGUUGUUUCGGCUCGUGCAUGUGUCUAGGUUGUAAAAAAAUGCGUUUUGAGGCGCUUGAAUUGUCUAUAAUGAACUGUUCUGAGAUCCAAUUAUCU